GGCCGUGCCAAACAAUUUGCGGCACCAUGGCAGCAGCACCUGGUAAUGUGAUGCGAUGGAAGAAGCUCGUGGUGCGCGACUUACCUCAUGACGCGAGCUGCGAGGAAGUGCUGGCUGUAUGUGGAUUUCCUAUUGUGUACACAGAUUCCGCAUUGCGAACGCCGAUCUACCCCCCGACGUUCUUUCGAUGGGAGGCAGGAAAACCUGCAAAAAAUGGCCGGACGAGUGUGCCAUCCCGCCUGACGUUGCAGUUCCGCAAGGACCCCGAUCAGCUGGAAGACACACUUCGUUUGUUGCAUGGCAAGGAAGUGACUUUAGCGAAUGGAUCCACGAUCGUUCUCUCUGUGCACGUUGCGCCGAACCAGCGCCUUCCACGAGAAAAACCUCGGCGUCGCGAUAACAAGUCCAACACGAUUGCCAAGGAUCCAGACUUCAUUGCAUUUCUGGAAGAGCUGAACGACCCUGACAAGAAAUCCCUCGCUGUGAACAACCCGAACAUCUUGGACGCUGGAGACGACAAGAUCAAGGAAAAACCGGUAUCGGCGCUCGUCAAGUUCCUUAACGAGCGACGAGCCGAACGGCGCGACAAAAACGGCAAGGUUGGUCAACGCGGCACGGCGACAGGGUUUCCAGCCGAGACCCGCGGCAGCAAGAACAAAAAGGCCGACGGAAAGAAAUCCGGCAAAGAGAAGCGCAAGGAUGACGGUCGUACUCCGAGGGAGCCCCGGUCCAAAAAAGCAAAGGACAAACAGCAGCGAAAUGCGCCGCGCAGCGCAGCCGUCACUCCAGCCUCCUCUCUACCGUACAGUGCUCCCAGUCCAGGAAUUUUCAAUGUCGCCGAAGGCGGGUACCUUCAACCGCCGCUCCCUCCCCCGCCAUCGAUGGAACCUGGCAUGCUUCGCAUCAUGGCGAAAGGAGCCAUGGCAACUCCGCUUCCAGCCGACAUGAUUCAGCCAUCCAUUGACGGCGGAGGCCGCGGACGCAACCGAGGAGGUGGAAGUAGAAGCCGAGGUGGGAAGAAAGCGGGAGGGCGAUCGGAGGGAGCCGGUGGUCCUGAAGCAGCUUCGACCCCCGGGGGCGGUGGUCGUGGACAGCCGCGGGGCGGCAACAACCAGCGGAAUUCGCAGCCGUCAUCGAGCGGAGGCAAGAAGAACAAGGUCUUUGUCCCGAAACCAUCCCAUGGAGAGACGAAUCCAACGGCCCCGCCACUCCCGACAGUACGUUCCACACCGCACAUGAAUGCAUCCUUGAUCGAGUGGACUGGAAUAGGGCUAACACGAAUCACGCUGUGGAAGAUUGCCUCGUAG